AUGUAUACCCCAUCAACUUACUCCAAUUAUAUACACCAAAAUUUACAUCAAACUGGGAAUACAAACUUGUCUAAAUCAACUGUUUCGUUGACUUCAACUACUAAUUCUACUAAAGAUAGUCUGUAUGACCAGUCUCAACCUUCAAAUAACUCAUUGACAUCAAGUGCUAGUAAUCCAAAUGGAAAUAAUCUAAGUGGUUCAACGUCAAGCAUUGGACUCGCACAGAGUACUUUAUUGACUUCAAAAACGACUACACCUACAACAAAUAAAAGUGGUGUACUAUCAGGAAUGCCUCCUGGUGUUGCUCCACUUGUUGGUGCUCAGUAUAUAUUAAGCCAACAGGGUAUUCCCGGAUACUAUCACCAAUCUCAUCCUGUAAUGUAUAGCGAGGAACAUUUACAAAUGGUACAAUCAAGGUUACCUCAUCAUAUGACUAACUUUUAUUCGCCCGAUCCAAUGUAUCCUAGUGUAUCAUCAAGUCUGACGGGAAGAGAAACUGCUGGAACCGGUAUUUCAAAUGUUGCAGGUUAUUCAUCACUAACCGAUUCAAGAUAUGCACGUACAGAUAAUGCUUCACCAGUUUCAUCUACUCUAUCUCAGCAGACGGGAACUUUGGCUCAUCAGCAAACUUUGUUAAAUCCACCUAUUACUCCCAGUUAUACAUAUUAUUAUGGGCAAUCGGUCAUACCUGCUAAUCCGUUCCAGUAUGGUACAAUGUACCCGAUGGCGCCAGCAGCAAGUGCAACCAGUCAUGGCACAGGAGCUACAAACACAAUGUCCGGGUACAAUAAGACUGCAGCUGCACCUGCUGGUUAUAGCAAUGUUUAUGAAACUCUGGGAUCGUCUUCAGUCACUGGUUCAAGCAAUGACUAUGGAAGUUCAAGCAAAGUGGGAGUGUCCGGUCAACAGACAUCUCAAGCUCAGGGCAAGACAAAUUCGUCUGAUCUCGCAGCUAUGUAUUCCAGCAAAUCGACAUUAAAUAAGCCUUAUGAUAAACAACAACAGUCAUUUCAGUCUCCGCCACCGUUUUCUGUAACUUUAAAUAAUGGUGGAGUUGGCGGUCAUCAUAGUGCGGGUAGUUAUGCUCCAGUAUUCAUUUCUCCUCUGCCCCCUGGAAACCCACAGCCUCAUCAUAUCGCACCUUUGCACCAUCAGAUUGAUAUGAGAGUUCAGAACAGGCAAGGGCAAGAACUCAGCAAUGGAACAGGCAAUAUGAGCCGUAAUCAAUCCGUAAAUCCUACAGCCAGCAAGGUGAAUGUUAAACAGAACUAUAGCCAAGGAGCUACUCCCUAUUGGAACUCCAACUGA